AUGAAAGCGCGUACGCCUCCGAAUUUCUCGCGUCCGCGUCGGCAAGCAGAGUACUCGCUCUUCCCUAAGGAAGGAAGCGGGAACUCGCGGCGAGAUGCUCAGUUCAGGGCGGAGAUGAUGGCCCUGAGGGCAAAGCAAGAGGUGAACUACCGAGCAAAGAUGCGUGCGAUGCCUCCAUCUCAGCAUGAGCCGACGGACUACCAAUACAUGGGAAGCAAGAAGCUUCAGAGGAAAACUUGUGCGAAGCACGACGAGAUCGGGUGUUGCGUCGUCAUUGUGGGCAAGAAUGUUGAGAACGCCACGCAUGGGGCGAGCUAUUCUAAGGUUAUCGAUAGCGCUGACAGCGGCAAGAAAAAGUACAUAUUCAAAUCGAUGGCCACAUUAUCUGCAUGA